AUGGCUGAUAACGCGACAAUUGUAGCAGCUAUUACGGCAGCUACUAGACACGGGGAUGUUGCUUGGACCUUGACUUCUACUGCAUUGGUGUUUAUUAUGAUUCCAGGUGUAGGUUAUUUCUAUAGUGGUAUGGCUCGUAGUAAAAAUGCCUUAUCACUUAUUAUGCUUGGUAUGCUAUCAGUCGCCGUUGUAUCUUUUCAG